GACGCCAUAGAAUAGGUGGGGCUACAUCAUGAGAUUCACAACAUGGAACUCUGGACUAAGGUACGAAUGUAUAUGUAACAUAAGAUAUAUAAUAUACCUUAGGUACCUAGUUACGUAUAUUCAACUUAGACAUUAAUACUUUUAGAUUUCUCUUAAACCGCUCUUGUGUCUAGACUCGGCAAUUCAACUAAUGCUAUGUCGUUCACUUCGAUUCCGAUCUUGGAUCUGGCCCUCUCUAGGGAUGCGCAGACAAAGCCGCAGUUUCUAGCCGAUCUACGACAUGCCUUAAUGGAGGUCGGCUUCCUAUAUCUCAAGAACGUCGGUAUUCCGACCGAGCUCUGGCAACAAGUCAUAUCGGAAGGAAAGGCGUUCUUUGAUAUACCAAAGGAAGAAAAGCUUAAGAUCGAGAUGAAGAACGCGCCGUCGUUCCUGGGUUACUCGCAGCUCUCGGCCGAGAUAACAGCCGGCAAGAUAGACCAUAGGGAACAGAUCGACCUGUCUACAGAGCACCCUAUCCCGAAACCCGACGCGCCGCUAUACGAGAAUCUACUCGCGCCUAAUCAAUGGCCCUCGCAAGAGGUAUUACCCAACUUCCGCGCCGUCUACACCGACUACAUAGGACGCAUGGGCGCUAUCUCGAUAGAAUUUACAUCCCUGAUCGCAGAGGCCAUCGAGCUACCUUCCGAUGCGUUUAACCGGUAUUUUGAUCCGGAUCAGCAGCAUAAGUUGAAGAUCGUUAAAUAUCCCGAUGUAUCCGAAUUAGGGCUGGGUGACGGUGUUGAAGGCCAAGGAGUUGGUCCACAUAAGGAUAGUAUGUUGACAAGUUACCUACUGCAAGCAAGCAACCACAGGGGAUUGCAGGUCCAGAAUAUGCAGGGCAGAUGGAUCGACUGCCCACCGAUCGACGGCACAUUGGUAGUGGCCAUCGGACAAGGCUUAGAGGCCCUGACGCAAGGAGUUUGCGCGUCGACAACCCAUAGAGUCCUCUCACCUGAGGCGGGUAAGGGUGCGAGAUUCUCGAUCCCGUUCUUCCAGGGGGUCCGAGCCUCUACGACGUUCGAGGAGCUGGACGAGGUCGGCGUCGGGCAAGUGCCAGAGGGGAUCAAGCAGCGGCGACAGAAAGUACUAGAGGCGAAUGGAGGUAGGCUUGACGAUGUCGAGUUUACCUUUAGGAAGGGCGGUGUAGCAUCGACGCUGGGCGAGGCAACACUAAGAAACAGAGUCAAGAGUCACCCAGAUGUGGGUGAGAGAUGGUAUCCAGACAUCUUGAAAGACAUACGAGAGCAGCAGGCCAGUGAGGCGGCUCAGAAGCAAGAGGCGCAAGGAACGUCAAACAACACCAACGCACCUGCGAGCGGAGGGGUUGCAGAUAUCAACACCCAGGCGCAGGCGGUGGAAGCACACUAAUAACGUGUAUACUACCAUAUACAAAAUGCGAAUCAUCAAGACGUGAGAAAAUCUCAGUUAACUCGGUGCAAUUUCAUUAAUCAAAGUUGCGUCGUGAUUUCAUAGCAACACGCCCAUAUAAGACCUCUCUGCUGAACACCAAGUGCGCCAAUCGCUAUGCGCAUUGUUCAUCUGUUCGAUCGUUCCGUACGGAUACGGACCAUCGUUUUGUCUAUUUGGCUGGAGGAGCGUCGUGGCCGGGGAAGCAAUCGGCCAUGGUCUUGUUAUGCUUAUUGACAGCGUGCUCGGUGAGCCUAUGUGAGAGCACGGUUAGUAGAGAUAUACAAUUGGAUAUACAAUUGUGCAUUAACAAUUGUGCAUUGACAAUGCGAUUUAGAAGCGAGUAACGUACUGAGGCGCACGGGUGGUCUUCAGGAAGGUCGAUUUGCAGAUCUGGCACUGGAUAUCCAUAGCCUUGACAUUCUAUGUAAUAGAUCCCAUGUAAGUCAGUGGAGAUGAUCUUCGUUAGAAAUAAGAUCGUCAUAUCAAGACUUACCGACUUCAACUGCGACUUGGCGA